ACCAGAAAAACACUAGUGCAAAUGUCAGAGCUGUCAAGUCUGUCAAAAAUCAGAAUUUUGUUGUUUUGAUUAUUUACGUCAAAUGGGCCAUAAGCCCACGUGCAUAAAUGGAUUUUGCGAAAAAACAGCUAGAAAAAUACGGUUGGAAAGAUGGUAAAGGAUUAGGGAAACACGAAGACGGAAUAUCACAAGCCUUAAAACCGAAAUUGAAGUUCGACAAUGCUGGAAUUGGCCACGAAGUUGGAGAUCAAUUUACCAAUAACUGGUGGGAAAGAGUUUUUAACAGUGCAGCCAGUAACAUAAAUGUUGCAGUGGACCAAGAUGAGGUGAAGUUGCACUUGAAGGAAGAAUCAGUUGAAAUCACAACAAAAAAUUAUUCACUUAAAGAGCUCAAAAAGAACAAGCAUCUAGAGUACGGCUCGUUUUUGAAAUCUGCAAAACUUACCGAACGUGGAGUUGAAACUUACAACGUCACGCCUAUUGAGCAGUUUCCCUCUUGCAGUUCUCUAACUGAUGACGAACUAUUUGCAGCCUGUGGUGGCAGAACUGCUCAUAAGGGUGCGCGCCAUGGCUUAAAACUGGGCGGAAAGUUGUCAAGGAUUGAAAAACAAGAGAAAAUGCUGCUCAAAAAAAUGAAAAACGUUUCGCUGACCGACGACACCAGCAAUUUGGAGAAAAAAAUCAAGAAACUGAAGAAGCACAAAGAAGAAACCGUAAGCAAUACACCACCUCAGGAACUUGAAAGUCCGAGUUCCAGAAAGCACAAAAAUAAGCGCAAGAGUGUGUCCUUCAACGAUGAGACUGUUGUUAAAUACUACACUCCUGAGGCGGACACAAGCCAUGAAAGUAUUAAAGAUGAGAAUAGCAAUAAUCCAGGGAUAGCUGAUCCCAAUUCAAAUUCUUGCGAUGAGGGGAUUGAGCAAGACUUUGAAGACUCAAAUAAUGACUCCAGUGACCACAGGAGUUUUGAAGAGGCACAAAGGACGUUCGAUGAUUUGUCGAAAGCCGAGAGGAAGAAACUGAAAAAGAAGCGGAAGCUGGAGAAGAAGAAAACAAAAACUGCUCAAUUUAUUGAAGAUGUGAGGGAGCAAAUGGCCACUGAGGAGAACGGCAAAAAGCGGAAGUUGGUCGCUGAGGAGGUGGAUAUGGAAACUAAGCAAAAGGAACUGUGUAAAUAUUCGAAGAAAUUCAGAAAAGAAAUGAAGCGUGAGAAGAAAAUGAUGAAAUCGAUAGUAAAGUCGUUAGAUAACUUCUGUAAAAUAUCUGACGAUGAAUAGGAGGAACCGAGGGGAUAAGUACGUAUAUUUCAUUUAAUUAACAAGGAAACUAAAAAAACUUAAUUGUUUGGAGUACGUUCCAAAAAAAAAAGAAAAACAAAAAAUAUUUUUAUAAAAUGAUAAGUAGUUGGUAAUACCCAAUUUUGUGUGAGUCGUCCUGUAUAUUUAGCUUUUUCGUUAAUUUCGGGCCAAUAAAAGUUAACAAUUUAA